UUUGAAUUUUCGCGCGCUUGAAAACUCCCCACCAGAACUAAAAUUUAGAAAUGGCCGCGGCGCCUGCGCACAGGUAUUUUUAAAUCCAUCGGAGCCACAAAAACACAGCUGGUCUAUGAUCUCCUCAAUUCUCAAUGAUUCCAAUCGCGAGCUGACGGUUGGAUGCUGUCCAUGUGAUAAAUCCAUUAUUAAUUUUAACGACACAGUUAACAUUUAAAUAAAUAUCUUUGUGUUAGUGCGAUAAAAUAAUAUAACCCAUAACGCAUUAUUUAAAUAAGUGAUACUGUUUAUGUGCUUUGGUGAUUGUGCUAAAUGUUCUGGGCCCUUUUACCGCCCUGUCACCACGAGGAUUUUUUUUUUCCUUAAACACAAAGGAAUCUGAAGUGACUCAAGCGUCCUUUCGGAUGUCGAGGAGUACAGAAAUAAUGUGGAGCCGGAACUAGUGAUUCCUUUAGUGUGGACGAGUAAACGGAGUCUCGAGGUCGAGGAGCUUACGAGUGAAAGAGAAUUAUUAUCACCAGCAACAACAGCAACCAUGGCCUCGACCAGUGGACACAAGAGAAACGGCUCAAGCUCUAGCAUGUUCGCCCACAGACGUACAGAGUCUGGCAGUGGGUUUAUCGGACACAAACGCCCUGAAACCGGACACAAACGUGCUGAGAGUAUAUCAACAGCCUUUGGUCACAAGAGAAAUGACAGCUACGGCGGCUUUGGUCACAAGAGAUCCGAGUCCGGCAGUAAUUAUCAUGCAGGACAUCGCAGAAACGAAAGUAUGUACGCAAUGACAGGAUUGUAUGCCGAGAGCGCGGCGAAUAUUGUUGAUGAUGGUCUAGACCUACCGCAAUCAGGAGACGGCAGAUUAACCCAUGAUACUGUAAUCAGGUGUCACAGUAGAAACCCAAGCUCUGGUCUCGUUGAUCACAGAGAUUUUAUCAUCAAAUGCCACAGCAGGAAUCCAAGCGCUUCCAUGGUCGACAGAACGGAAAAAGAACGGCCACAAACACCACCUAUUAAUCCAGACUCCAAAGACUGCGGUAUAUUAAGCUGCAGGCCGGCCUUUAUACAAAAGUUUGCUACGAUAAAGGUAUUCGUGUUCCUGCUGUCAUUCCUUGUCACGGUGCAACAAGCGCUAAGCUCAGGUUACAUAAAUUCAGUGAUCACGACAAUUGAAAAAAGAUUUGAAAUCCCAUCAAGUCUGUCAGGUCUCAUUGCCAGUUCAUACGAAAUCGGCAACGUUAUCACUGUCAUAUUUGUCAGUUAUCUCGGUAGCAGAAGACAUAUACCUGUUUGGAUUGCCAUAGGUGCGGUGAUAAUGGGUCUCGGUUCAAUGAUCUUCAUGAUCCCCCACUUUGUUGCCGAGCCGAACUUAACAACAGCAUCCAACAACUCGAGCUCUGAUAAUAUUUGCCGUGGAGUAUCUCUGCGCGAGCAAGAUAUGGGCUUGGGUCGACUUUCAUCGGGUUUAUCAUCACCACCACUGGCACCACACAAUAAUUUACGCGGUGACAAUUGUAUUCAAGGUUCGCCAUCAACCGCCGGGCCUGUUAUGCUCUUUGUCUUGGCCCAGCUUUUACUUGGCUGCGGUGGUUCGCCUCUUUUUACUCUCGGUACCACUUAUAUAGACGAUCACGUGAGACCAGAAAGUGCUUCUCUGUAUAUCGGAUGUAUGUACAGUAUGGCAGCAUUUGGCCCAGUCUUGGGAUUUCUUUUAGGCGCAUACCUUUUAUCUUUUCACAUGGAUUCAUUUACUGCAAAUAUCAUCAGUAUAGAUCCUGGUGAUCACAGAUGGGUCGGAAUGUGGUGGGGUGGAUUUUUAUUAUGCGGUCUUUUGCUUAUACUCGUGGCGAUUCCAUUCUUCAGUUUUCCCAAGACUCUUCAGCACGAAAAGGAGAAGAUUAAAAUAAUCGAAAAGAACAAGUCGGCAAUCGCCAAAGAAAAGGAAGCUAAUAAAGAUUUAAAGAAGGAAAUUAAAAAUGAUGACAGCGGCUAUGGAAAGGAUGUAAAAGACAUUCCGCGAAGUAUGUGGCGGCUUGUUUGUAAUCCAGUGUACGUAGUAACUUGCCUAGGUGCUUGUAUGGAGCUGGUUAUUGUGUCGGGUUUCGUGGUUUUUCUGCCCAAAUAUCUUGAGACCCAGUUUAGUUUGGGUAAAAGCCAAGCGAGUAUAUUUACCGGUUCGAUAGCAAUACCCGGUGCUUGUAUUGGUAUAUUUUUUGGUGGGUGUCUGUUAAAACGUUUGGAAUUAAGGCCAAAGGGUGCCGUUCAGUUUGUGCUGGUAUCAAACAUCGUGUGUUUAACGUGUUAUGGAUUAUUAUUUUUCCUUGGAUGUGACAACGUCAGAAUGGCUGGAACAACAAUACCAUAUUUCAACAGCAGUACAAAAGGACCAGAGCCAUUUCAGGUUAAUCUCACUGCCUCAUGUAAUUUUGGAUGUGAGUGUCGUAUGAAUGACGUUGAACCUGUUUGCGGUAACAAUGGCCUCACGUAUUUCAGUCCUUGUCAUGCUGGUUGCACUGAUUUUAGUUCUAAAUCAAAUUUCACAAACUGCGCAUGCAUACAUGGAAGCUUACCAAUGCCAAGAUUACCAGCAGAAGUAACAGCCAUACCUGUUGCAACAUCUGGGCCUUGUACAUCACCAUGUAAAACAAUAUUUCCAUUUCUUAUUUUAUUAUUUUUUAUGACAUUCGUCGUAGCUGUUACACAAAUGCCAUUAUUAAUGAUCGUAUUACGAUCAGUUGGUGAAGAAGAAAGAUCAUUUGCAUUGGGUAUGCAAUUUGUAAUAUUCAGGUUAUUUGGUUACAUACCAGCGCCAAUACUUUUUGGUAAUUUAAUUGACUCGACGUGUUUACUUUGGAAAAGUACUUGUGGAGAAAAAGGUGGACGUUGCUUACUCUACGAUAUCGAGCAAUUUAGAUACAAAUACGUUGGACUUUGUGCAGGAAUUAAAAUUCUAGCAUUAGCGUUAUUUUUAGUUGACUGGUGGCUCGUCAGACGAAGGCACCAGCUCGAAGACUCGCCCAAAGGAUUAACUGUUAAUGACAUCGUUGGUUCUAUUAUUAGUCUUGAUAAACUAUUUGAAGAGAAGCCACAGCAUCUUAAUCUAGCGGAAAAUGAGCCAAUAACGGGAAACUCAACCGAGCACACACCGUCCUCGAUCUCAUCGCCAACAGAGCAAACUAAAUCAACAAAUAUUGAAGAAAGUGAGUCGACACACUUGACCCAGGGCUCGACGGACACAACAAAUCACUCGAAACUGUUGGCUGAUUUUUCCGACACGCGACAAGAUGAUGACGUUGAAUUUCGACCUCUAAACGGUAAAUUUGAAUCUAAUGAUCGUAACGUUUAAUGACGAUCUUACUCUAGAUUAUUGUAAUUAUUAUUAUUUUUAAAUUAAAAUUUUAAUUUUAA